AUGUCUAUUAGAUACAACCUCAGACGUCGCCCGCCGGGCACGGAGGUUCUCUCGGCCGCUCAGCCUUCGGUACCAGGUAGCCCUCUUACUGGGACCGAGUCCCCUACCGGUGGUGUCAGCCCCGGAACCGAGCGUGGUGUUCCCGCCUCGGGUUCCCAGUCCUCCGCUAUAGUAGCCGGGCUGGUGACUGCAGACGCAGAUGCCCCGAGGGCUUUAAACUCUCCCGUUUCCGACGCCGGCGAGGGCGUUCGGAAGUAUCCAGUGACCGUCGAGGACGGCUCUGACGACGACGGCGGCCCUUGGAUCCCAGUCCAACGGCGCCGCCGUGCUCGCAGUGCGGACGCCGCUCCGCCUGCUCGGGAUCCCGUCACUGCGCAGGACGGCCCCGUACUCACUUCUCCUCAGCGGGCGGCCGUAGAUACGGCCGCCGCGAGCCUUACUCCAGCGGAACGUUACCGCUAUUCCUGCCGGAUGGCAGCGGUCGAGACGACUCGCCCGCGUUCCCUCUCUCCCGAGCAUCGGGGUGAGGGUCCCUCUCGGGACAAGGGGAAGACCGUGGAUGCACGGAACUGGGGUGCCUCGGGCAUCCCAGACGAUGAGCUAGACCCUAACGCGCAGAGGCGCGAGCUGCAGUUGUAUAGUACUGGGCAUCACAAUAUAUUUGAUAACUACGAUACAGACGAGCAGCGUGCCAUGCUGGAGUAUUGGGAAGCUCGAAAGCAAGGGCGGAAGGACUCAGAACGUGAGCCGACGGCGGUUACUACACCGGGUGGAUCUACCCAGUCGGGCUCCUCAUACACUACAAGCCGCGCUUCAACCCCGUCCGAGGCGAGUGAGGUCGAGGAAGCCAUAAUGGCCGCUCCUCGUCGCUCAGCUAGCCAGGAGGCUAACCGCCUCCUCACGGAGCAGCUCCAGGAAAUCCGCAAGGAGCUGGCUCGGUUGAAGGAAGAAGCAGAGCAGCGUAAGGCCGCUCGUAAGAAGAAGCGGGAUUCGCAGAAGGCCCGAAAGGCCAAGGGCACUGUUGUCUCCCAGGAAUCCGAAGCUGGGAGAAAGAGUCUCGGGCCUGCUCACCGGGCAUCGUCUCUGCGGCCGGUGGCCCAGCUGGAGCCUGGCAGCUACCUAGAACGGGCCUUCGCUGGCAUCACGGGCGGAGAUCCCUCGGACGGCUCUAGCAGUUCAUCCUCAUCCUCUUCUGAACCUUCAGAAGGCGGUGAUACGAGCUCUGCCGAAGAGAGUGAGUCUACGAGCUCUCGCCGAGCCUCACGGAAGUCCCGUAAGAAAAGGAAAAAGCGCACCAAGAAGCCGGUGCUCAAACCUGAGCGACCGGAGAAGUACAACGGCGAGGCCAAUGCCCAGACCUUCCAUAAGUUCAUGCGUCAGUGCGUGGAGUUCAUCCGGGGGCACACUAUGGACUCACGGAUGCACGCCUCGAUUGUUGAACCCGGGGAGCGAAAGCCUCUCCCACGGGUGGCAACGACAGCGGAUAGCCUGAAACUCACCUAG